UGAUACCUGUUGCACCCCUUCGUACAAAGCCAUCAGCCAAAGAAUUGCAUUCUCUGUUAACAUGUCGAAAACUGAAGCAUAAUCCCUCUUAACAACCUUAACAUCUCCUCCCAAAAAUCCUUCAAAUACCACAUACCAGACCUCUUCUUCUUUAUCCAAUCAAUCACCAGUUUUGAGUCCAUCUCAAUGAUCUCUAUAUUUUGCAAACCUGGGUAUCUCACUAUGCGCAACCCUUGAAUCAAACCCAUAAAUUCAGCAAAAUUAUUAGAAUGAAUACCAGUAUGGAUAGCAAACCCAGAAAUCAAAUCUCCCCUAUAAUCUCUGAUGGCACCUCCCGCACCCGAAGAGACCGGAUUUCCUAACGAACGACCAUCAACGUUCAAUUUAUACCAACCUUGCUGCGGUCUCAACCACUUCACAAUCAGAGUAGCUAUGUUCUUUUGAGGCUUAACAGAAUAUGAGGAAAGUUUAUCAGCCUGGUACGACAGAGAUGGAAGAGCACACUGAUGUUGACAGGAUUAGCAAUCUACCAUGGGAUGUAUUAGACACAAUUCUUGUCAGCAUGCCAUUAAAAGAAGCUGCAAGGACUAGUAUCUUAUCGAGUCAAUGGAGAUCUAAAUGGACUGGCCUUUCACAGUUCAUUAUUAACGACGCAUGUCUCCCCACUUAUUUAUCAGACAAAGUAUUGAGAUGGAAAGAAAUCAUGAAAAUCAUUCAGCAGGUCCAGUCAAAUCACAGUGGCUCAAUCGAGAAGUUUGAGCUUGCUGCUUAUUGUCACCCAAACCAUUCUGAUUUGGAGCAGUGGAUUCAGUUUUUAACAGAGAAAGGUAUCAAGGAGUUGAUUCUGCAGGAGCUUGCCAAUGUUAAGCGUUUUAAGUUGCCUUCUCGCCUAUUCUCUUGUCAGCAGUUAAGUUGCUUGGAACUUAAUGGUUGCAUAGUCAGUCCACCUCCUACAUUCAGAGGUUUUAACUGUCUUGCAAGCCUCCAUCUCACUCAUGUUUCCAUUAGCAGUGACACACUAGAAGUUUUAGUUGGUAGCUGCCCCGUACUUGAAAGGUUGAUGUUGUUGCACAUUCAUCCCCCAUCUUUUCUUAAGAUCAACAGUCUUAAACUUAAGCACCUAAAAAUAGAUUCCCAGUUUCAAGAUAUUUGUCUCCAAAACGCUCCCCUUCUUUGGAGUGUUGAUAUUCGCUUAAGGAUCAUACCCCAGCGUCCUGAUCAAGUAAGAGCUUGCAAUUUGGUCGGUGUUAUUGGUUGUCUGCAUGGUAUUGGCAAGCUUAUUUUACACCGUGAUUUUCUUGAGUUCCUUGCUUAUAAUGUACCAGAGAGACUUCCUACCAUGCUUGACCAUCUGUUUGCGCUUGAGCUAAGGGAAAUCAGAUUUGAGAGCAGAAAGGAUGUGAGGGUCUUGUUUUCCCUGCUUGGUAGAGCCCCAAAUUUAGAGGAACUGACUAUUUCAGUUGAUCCUACUUUUGCGGAUUCAAACCCUCUCGUGCAUUUUAUGAAGGAACAGUGCCUAUCAGGCUCAUACUUCAACGAACUCAAAGUUGUGAAGAUAAGAGGUAUAUGGGGCACAACAACUGAGUUGGAAUUUAUCUGGUUUAUUCUUGCACAUUCGCCGGUGCUUGAGAUGAUGACUAUUAUAAAAUAUAGAGGUGAAAGGCUUUCUGAAUCGCUACUUCGAAGAGUUGAGUGGGCUUCAAAACAUGUGAAGGUUAUUAGUUUAACCUUGUAAGCCUUGUCUCUUCGAGGUAUCCCUAAUUCAGUCUUUGCAUACUUGCAUGUUCUCAGUUUAUAUUCUAGAAUAUCAAGAACUUCAAACAAUUUAUAAUUUUAGAUAAAAGUUGAAAGUUAAAUAAAAUAUUAUU